AUGGUCGUGCGGCAGUACAACGAGGAGUUAAAAUACUUAGAGAAGGUGAAUCCACACUGUUGGAAGAUUAAGAAAGGUUUCCAACCUAAUAUGAAUGUUGAAGGUGUGUUUUAUGUUAAUAAUACACUUGAAAGACUGAUGUUGGAGGAAUUGAAAAACUCCUGCCGGCCGGGUAUGACGGGUGGAUUUCUUCCUGGUGUAAAACAAAUUGCAAAUGUGGCAGCUCUUCCAGGGAUCGUUGGUCGAUCUGUUGGUCUUCCCGACAUUCACUCUGGUUACGGAUUUGCUAUUGGUAACAUGGCAGCAUUUGACAUGUCUAAUCCAAAGUCUAUUGUGUCUCCUGGUGGAGUGGGCUUUGACAUAAACUGUGGUGUUAGACUUUUAAGAACUAAUCUACAUGAGAAGGAUGUUCAACCCAUAAAGGAACAAUUGGCACAGAGUUUAUUUGAUCACAUACCUGUAGGAGUGGGCUCUAAAGGAAUAAUACCAAUGAAUGCAAGGGAUAUGGAAGAGGCCUUAGAAAUGGGAAUGGAUUGGUCAUUAAGAGAGGGAUAUGUUUGGGCAGAAGACAAAGAACAUUGUGAAGAGUAUGGAAGAAUGCUAAAUGCAGAUCCAUCUAAAGUAAGCCUUAGAGCAAAAAAGAGAGGUCUGCCACAGCUGGGAACUUUAGGUGCUGGAAAUCACUAUGCAGAAAUCCAAGUAGUUGAUGAAAUUUAUGAUAAAUUUGGUGCUGGGAAGAUGGGGUUAGAAAGGAUUGGUCAAGUUUGUGUUAUGAUCCAUUCAGGCAGUAGAGGCUUUGGACAUCAAGUAGCUACUGAUGCCUUAGUACAGAUGGAGAAAGCCAUGAAAAGAGAUCAAAUAGAAGUGAAUGACAGACAGUUAGCCUGUGCUAGGAUAAACUCAGUUGAAGGACAGGACUACUUAAAAGCAAUGGCAGCUGCUGCCAAUUUUGCUUGGGUUAACAGAAGUUCAAUGACAUUCUUAACCAGACAGGCAUUUGCAAAACAAUUCAAAAUGUCUCCUGAUGAUUUAGACAUGCAUGUAAUUUAUGAUGUGUCUCAUAAUAUAGCUAAGAUGGAGGAGCAUAUUGUUGAUGGGAAAAUAAAAACUCUUCUUGUGCAUAGAAAGGGUUCCACCAGAGCCUUCCCUCCACAUCAUCCAUUAAUACCUGUAGACUACCAGUUGACCGGCCAGCCUGUCUUGAUCGGAGGAUCUAUGGGUACCUGCAGCUAUGUCCUCACUGGCACCCUACAGGGUAUGACAGAAACUUUUGGAUCCACUUGUCAUGGAGCAGGACGAGCAUUGUCUCGAGCCAAAUCUCGGCGGAAUAUAGAUUAUAAGGAAGUUUUAGAAAAGCUAGAGAGUUUAGGAAUAUCUAUAAGAGUUGCAUCUCCAAAGCUUGUUAUGGAGGAGGCGCCAGAAUCGUAUAAGAAUGUGACUGAUGUAGUAGAUACCUGUCAUGCUGCCGGAAUCAGCAAAAAGACUGUCAAAUUACGACCUAUUGCUGUCAUAAAAGGAUAG